AUGUACCUGGGAACUGGAUUGUUCCUCAGUGCCGAGGAAGAGUGGAAGGAGAUUGGAAGAGGAUUCUAUGAACAAUGGAACUUCCCUAAUUACGUGGGAGCCAUAGAUGGCAAGCAUGUUCCUAUAGUUCCUCCACCUGGAAGUGCAUCAUUCUUUUUUAACUACCAGAAGUUCCACAGCCAAGUCUUACUGGGUGUCGCUGACUACGACUACAAAUUGAUCUAUUUUAGUUUUGGUGUAAACGGACGGGUCUCUGAUGGAGAUGUUUUAUCGUAUUGUGAUUUGUAUGAAAAAAUGGCGAAGAAAACUCUAGGUCUACCACAACCAAGUGUGGCUGAUGGCACAUUGUUGCCAUAUGUGUUCAUUGGUGAUGAAGAAUUUGAACUGAGAGAGAACUUGAUGAAGCCAUUCAAUGCGAGUGUGUUGAAUUAUGAGCGACGAAUUUGUAACUACAGGUUCUCGCGAGCACGACGAAUUAUCGAAAAUGUUUACGGUAUUUUAGUUGCUAGGUUUGGAGUUUUACAAAAACCUAUCACCUUGCGUAUCGAUCGCAUAUCAGACGUUGUGCUUGCCUGCUUUGCUCUGCACAACUUUUUGCGAGCAACGUCACCCAACAAGUACACCCCUUCUGACUGCUUGGACGAAGAGAGUGAAGAAGUCCUGAUUCCUGGACUACGUAUCGACUACGCAGUUGUAGGAAACUGCAAAGAAAUCGAAAAGGAGCGAAAGAGACAGAUGGAAAGAAAACGAGGGAUGCAUUUGUAA